AUGUUAUUCCCAAAGCUUUACACCGGUGCUCUGGUCUGGGUAACUGCUGUUCUUGCUACCCCUGCUGUAGAACAGAGUAGUGCAGCGCCAACUGCUACAGUGAAAAAUGGGACAUAUGCCGGAUUACAUUCCAUACCAUACAAUCAGGACUACUUUUUAGGUAUCCCUUUCGCUCAACCGCCUGUGGGAGACCUUCGCUUCCAAGUUCCUCAAUCGCUUAAUUCCUCCUGGGUUGGUACAAGACCUGCAACAAAAUACUCUGUUGCCUGCGUCGGUUACGGAAGCGAUGACUCGGUGUAUCCUGAGCUAUCAGAAGACUGUUUAUAUCUUAACAUAGUGAGACCUUCUGGAUAUGCUUCCCAGAACCUUCCUGUGGCACUUUGGAUUCAUGGGGGGGGGCUUACCGAAGGUUCGGGUAUUGAUCAAAGAUAUAACAUAUCUUUUAUUGUCAAGAAGUCUGUGGACAUUGGGAAGCCUAUUAUAGCGGUGUCUAUCAAUUACCGGUUGAGUAUGUGGGGAUUUAUAACAGGUGACGAGGUGUUGCAGAGCGGGGUUGCCAACUUGGGAUUCAGAGAUCAGAGACUGGCGAUGCAUUGGCUGAAGGAAAAUAUUGUUUCGUUCGGAGGCAACCCAAAUAAAAUCACUAUUUGGGGAGAAUCAGCUGGUGCCCUUUCCGUGGGAAUGCACCUUACAGCUUAUGGUGGGAGAGAUGACCACCUAUUCCGCGGUGCUAUCAUGGAGAGCGGCAAUCCUGUCUUUUAUGGCAGCUUCGGCGGCUGGAAUAGGACCUCCUUUACUACCGCUAUCAAUUCCUUAGGAUGUAGCUCGGCAUCUGACAAGCUUCAGUGUCUGCGCCAGAUCCCAUUUGCAACACUUAAUACUUGGAUCAAUGCUACACAGUCAUCUCUUGGUUGGCAGCCUCUGGUCGACGGAGAUUUUAUCCAGGGCUAUACAAGUCUGCAGCUCGAGCGAGGACAAUUCGUUCACGUGCCUAUUAUAUCAGGGGCGAACUCAGAUGAAGGUACUGCUUUUGGACCAGUCGGAAUUAACUCUACACAAGACUUCCUUGACAAACUUGAAUCGACUUUACCCGCGCCAUUCGCUACUGCUGUUCUCUCUGCCUAUCCUGCAACUAUAACUUAUGGGGCUGUUCCCACGAGUCUACCUCCUUCUGACGUCCUUCCCGAGCCCUUUGGAUCAAGCUACCGCCGUAGUGCAGCCUACUACGGGGAUGCAACUAUGAUCGCUCAUCGCCGGCUUACUUGUCAGACUUGGGCUAGCAACAACGUCCAUGCAUACUGUUACCGUUUCAACACUAUUCCAAAUGGAGUGCCGUCAUCCAUUGGGGCCACACACUUCCAAGAGGUGGCCUUUGUAUUUAACAACAAGGGCGGGCUAGGAUACCCGCCGGUGUCAGUCGACCCUUUCAGCGGAGAGCCCCAGAGUUACAAGGACCUUAGUGACAAAAUGAGCACGGCUUGGGUAAACUUUGUGUAUAGUGGCAACCCUGGAAGCUUUUGGCCUAAGUACUCGCUUGGAGUUGGAGAAAAUUAUGUUUUUGACGCAAAUGCUACAAAGUUGGGAUAUGUCGAGCCAGACUCAUGGAGAAAUGAUGGUAUAUCACUAAUCAAUAAGCACAAUGCUAUAGUUUACUCGAGAUAA